AUGGCCAGAACCAAGCAGACCGCCCGUAAAUCCACCGGAGGUAAAUCUCCCAGGAAGCAGCUCGUAACCAAGGCUGCCCAGAAGAGUGCUCCGGCCACCGAUGGAGUGAAGAAGCCUCACCGCUACAGGCCUGGUUCCAUCGCUCUGAGGAAGUGCCGCUGCUACAAAAAGUCCACCGAGCUGCUGAUCUGGAAGCUGCCCUUCCAGCGUCUGGUUUGCGAGAUAGCUCAGGCCUUCAAAACCGACCUGCACUUCCAUAACUUGGCCGUCAUGGCUCUGCAGGAGGCCAGUGAAGUUUAUCUGGUGGAUCGGUUCAAGGACACCAAACUGUGCGCAAUCCACGCCAAGAGGGUCACCAUCAUGCCCAAAGGAAUCCAGCUGGCCCGCAGGAUCCACAGGGAGAGGGCUUAG